UCUGCCUCCUCCAACCCUUCAAAAGUGAUUCUCUUACCACUGUUUCAAUCUGAUCCGUCCCUUCUCUCAAACGGAAAUCUAACCGUCCACGUAUCUCCUUUUGCGCCCAUAAAAACAAACCUAAUCCCUUCCACACGCAGACAAACGAAAUCAGAGCAUUCCAGAUCUAAAAAAUUUCAAACAAAAAUUGAGAGAGAUGCGGACUGACAAGGCCACGAGAUUAAUCAAAGCAUCUUGAAACUUAAAAUUCUGAGACCGAUUGAUUGAUUUUUGGAGUUUUUGAUUUUGAAAUCGAGAGUUUCAAACCAAUUUUCUUGUUAAUUGCUGUGGAGGUUAGGGUUUUUGUGUGUGAACUAAUUCGUUUUGUUAGGUUUGUCACGUGCGAUGAACGAUCAGUCUCAGAUCCAAAUGAUGAACAAGCCGCCGCCGCCUCAUCCAGUACAGUCACAGAUGUUGAACCAGCAAUCUCAAAUGAUGUCACAGAAUCCUCAGGUACUGAAUCCGGUUCAGUCGCAGAUUUUGAGCCAACCUCAGGCGAUGAAUCAGCGUCCUCAGAUGAUGAAUCCGGUUCAGUCUCAGAUGCUGAACCAGAUGGCGCAGUCACAGGCUAUGAAUCAGCCUAUGAUGAUGAAUCGUAGCUACAUGCCAUGGCCGAAGCAAGACCCCAGCAUCAAGUACCAGAAUCCGCUGAUGAAUUCAGGUUUCGUUCCUUCCAAGCCGAGAAGCAACUGGAAGGGCAAGAAGGGAGUCAAUGACAAGCGCAAGGAGCAGAGAAGAUCAGAUAAACCGUUCCCAAUUAUCCCUAAUAAUACCUCCAAAAGUGGUCCUGGAGGCGGUGGAGGGUAUAAGCCUCCUACUCUUCACGAAUUACAAUCUCAAAAUCGCUUAAAAGCGCGAAAAUUCUACCCUAAGAAGAACUUUAAUAAUAGAUUCGCACCUUAUGCACCUAGGAACACGACUUCAUUUAUUAUUCGUGCAAAGAAGGCUGGCGGUAUUGCAGAGCUAGUUUCACCUUGCCCUGUGACACCGGCAGUGUUGCCCACGCCUAUGUUCUCACCGUCUAGGGAGGUUUUAGGGGACAUGGCAAAGGAAGAGUGGGGGGUUGAUGGUUAUGGGUCAAUGAAAGGGUUGAUCAGGCUGAGGUCUUCACCGGGAAAUGAGGAUGAUGAGGAGGAAGAGGGAGGAGGGUCGAGUGAAAGUGAUGUAGAAGAACAUGUGGAAGUGGAGAGGAGAUUAGACCAUGAUCUGAGCCGGUUCGAGAUGAUAUACCCAAAUUACGUGGGUAUGGAGUAUCACAAUGUGUUGGAGAAUAGGGUAGAUGAUCAGGAUUCCCAUAUAACGCAAUUGGAGGAGGAAAAUUUGACAUUGAAGGAGAGGCUGUAUUUGAUGGAGAGAGAGAUGGGGGAAUUAAGGAAGAGAUUGCAGGUGUUAGAGAGGCGUGGUCGGGUAGUUGAGGAUGUGAACGAGGAGGUGGUUGAAAACUUGUCCGAAGAGGAUGAGAGUGAGGGAGGAGGAUCAGAUGUUGGUGAUAAUAAUGAGGCGUUUAUUUAUCCUCCUGGGAGUGGGGAAGGACGAAAUGUUCAUAUCGACAAAAAAGAAUUUGAAAAAGCUGUUAGGAAUGUUGGUAUGGAAGAAUUUGUACCAGACGAGGUGGAUAUGAAGGAGGAUGCCAGUAAAGAUGAAGUAGCAGGAAAUGAGUUUAGACCAGUUAAAGUGAUUUCGAAGAAGGAUGAGGCUGCAGUGGAGAAUUCUAAAAAGGAUGGAAUGGAGGCGGAGAGGGACCAAUCAGUUGCAAAAUUGGAGCAGCCUAAUGCGACAAAUGAGAUUGUUAAGGAUGAUGUUAUGAUUGAAAAAGAUGAGAAAAAUGGUCAAGAAGCCUGGAAUGAUUUUGUGGGGGAUAAGAUGGUUGCAGAGAAGGAUGGAUAAAGGGAUGAGGAACUGUAGAGAAGAGCAUUGGUGACGGUGACUGAUGUAAUCAUCCUGCGUUAGUAGAAUCAAUGGCUAUCUGAACUGGUUCAUGGAGUAAGCAUGCAGAACUCCUUUCGAGCAUCUACACAUGUAAGUUUCGAGCUGUUCAACUGUACUUGAUGGACAAACUUUUUUGAAAUAAGAUUGAUGUGGUUUUGAUCGUGAAUUCCAAACUAGCAAAAUUAUGUAAGAUAUAGAGACUUUUAUUGGCGCCCCAAGAAUUUGGCUGGAUGGUGUUUAUCAAUGUCACAAAAUUGGUGGAGUCAUCAUGUCCACGGUAGAAGUUGAUCGCUCUUGUAAAAUUCCCAUUUUAUGUGUUUGUGUGGAAUUAUUAUCGCAGCCUCUUCUUUUUUUGGUUUGCAAUAGAGAUUGGGAGGAAGGAUUACAGGAAGUUGCAAGUUACCUGUCAGCAGAGACUGGUUGAUGAAGGAUGCUUAGUGGUUUAAUUAACUGCUACUUCCGUGUCCAUGAUGAAACUGUGAAGUGUAGGGGGAACAAGAAUAAGGAGAUUAUGUAAGUUAUUUUUGAAUGGACUAAUCUUUGAUAUUCGUUUCUGCUGGUACCGUCUCUCCCCUUCUGUCAUUUCCAUGAGAUUUUUCCUUAUGUAUUGGAUUUAACUAUUUAUGGCUCAACAAAACCAGGCCGGUAGUUUUUGUUCUAUGGAAUGCGGAUGCAUGGUUGAGAUUUUGAAAGAGCUUGGGAAAGGUGUUGUUCUUGUUGGUAAUGAGGUAUCUGAACAUUGAAAUGUGCACUUAAUUUUCUGUGAUUUCAACCUGUUCCCCCUAGCGAGGGUUUCUGAGGAU